UAGUGUGGAGCUAUGGCUGGCCCAGAACAAGGUAGAUACCCCAGAAUCUACCCUGGGAUUGAGCUGGCUAUUCCACACAGAUGUCCUAGGCUACAAGCAUCGUCAAGUUCCAUAUGCAGUUCCCACGAUGCGCAAUAUCUACAAGGUCCUGGCCAGCCAGUACGACCCCCUAGGGUUCAUCUUACCCUACACAACCAGAGCGAAGGUAAUCAUCCGCCAUCUUUGGGACAAGCAAAGGGGUUGGGAUGACCCACAUCUACCUCAGGAGCUCAUGCAGCAGUGGACAGCCUGGGAGGAAGAGUUGCAGUUUCUGCCUGAAGUUACUCUUCCUCGACCAUAUGUGCCUAAGCAAGUGGACACCUUCAGCUGUCAGAGAGAGGUACACAUAUUUUGUGAUGCCUCCGAGGAAGCUUAUGGCUCAGUAGCUUACCUCCGGACCACUGGCAGAAAUGGAGAAGUGCAUCUGUCGUUCUUGGUGGCCCGGUCCAGGGUUGCCCCCAAGCGGUUUCACUCUAUGCCCGGAUUGGAGCUCUGUGCUGCACUCACUGGGGCCCAGCUCUCACAAGUGCUGGAAAGGGAGCUCACCCUUAGAAUCGACCAGACGGUCCUAUGGUCUGAUUCUACAACAGUGCUGACAUGGCUGAGGUCUGAAUCCUGCCGAUUCAAGGUCUUCGUUGGCACUCGUGUAGCCGAGAUACAAGAGCUGACAGACAGGCACUCCUGGAGAUACGUCGACUCUGGAAGGAAUCCAGCCAAUGAUGUGACACGUGGGAAGAAGCUGAAGGAGCUCGCUGUACCAAAUAGAUGGAGCCAAGGACCAUCCUUUCUCCUGCACAGUCCAGACUCCUGGCCAGAAGAUCUCACGGUUGACCAAGCAGAUGAUGCCGCGGAGCUGCGCAAAGCUGUGUUCUGUGGGACCACUGCAGCUGCUCCGUCAGGUCAGCCAACUUCAGAUUUGAGCCGCUACAGCACCUGGAGUGAGAUGUUAGAGGUUACAGCGCAGGAGCUACAUGGGGCGGCCCAACCAGAUGGUCGUCCCACUGCUGAGGACUAUCGCAGGGCAGAGAGGCUAAUCCUACAGAGGGCCCAGAUGGAUAGUUUUCCGGAGGAGUACAAUCUGUUGAAAGUCGGUAAGCCAGUUCCCAGGAGCAGUCGUCUUCUCUCUCUGUCACCCGAGGUGGAUGAGACCAGACAGCUCAUUUGUGUUGGAGGACGACUUCGUCGAUCUGAAGAUUUGGCACUGGAGACACUCCAUCCGAUUAUCCUAGACCCAAGCCACCCAGUGACCAAACUCCUGGUCCAAGACUUUGACAGCCGCCUCCAUCAUCCUGGCCCAGAGCGGGUGUUCGCAGAGCUUCGGCGCUCCUACUGGAUUCUGCGAGGGCGUGAAGCUGUCCGGCGCUACCAACACCUUUGUGCUGAUUGUCAAAGGUGGAGAGCUAGACCUACAGUGCUGAAGAUGGCAGACCUGCCAGCAGCCCGGCUACGUCUAUAUAAACCAGCUUUCUACUCUACGGGAAUGGACUGCUUCGGGCCGUUUGAGGUCAAGGUUGGACGGCAUAUUGAGAAGAGAUGGGGAAUCAUAUUCAAGUGCCUUACCACCAGGGCAGUCCACUUGGAUGUUUUUAACACCAUUGAUGCAGACGCAUUCCUGAUGGCUCUUUGGCGAUUUGUUGCUCGUAGAGGUACACCUGCCGAGCUGUUUUCAGACCAGGGGACCAACUUCAGGGGAGGUGAGAGGGAACUGCGUGAGACCUUUCUGAAGAUGUGCCCGGAACUACAACAGCUUCUAGCACCCCAGAAGAUCAGCUUCCGCUUUAACCCUCCAGGUGCCCCACACUUUGGGGGAGCAUGGGAAAGGGAGAUCCGGUCGGUUAAGUAUGCCCUCUAUGCCACGGUUGGUGCUCAGUCAGUUCCAGAAGAAGUGCUUCGCACUGUACUCAUUGAGGUGGAAGGGAUACUCAAUAGUAAACCCCUGGGGUAUGUGUCUUCCGAUGCCAGAGAUGCAGAUCCAGUGACUCCCAAUGUUCUUCUGAUGGGGCGGCCGGAUGGAUCCCUACCUCAGAUAGUAUACCCAGAGAAUGAGCUCCUCAGUCGCCGUCGCUGGAAGCAUUCCCAGGUGUUGGCUGACCAUUUCUGGUCACGUUUCAUCCAUCAGUACAUUCCCAGUCUGCAGACUCGCCAGAAGUGGCAAUCGACAGCAGCUGAUUUGGCUGAGGACUCUGUGGUGAUGAUCGCUGAUCCACAGCUUCCCAGGGGUCUCUGGCCUGUGGGGAGGGUGAUUAAAACUCAUCCUAGCCCUGAUGGACGCAUCAGGUCGGCUGACGUGAAGGUGAAGGGGAGAGUCUACACUCGGCCAGUUGCCAGACUGGUUGUCCUCCCUGCGCUGCCCUCUGGAGAAGAUGAGGACAGCUCUGCGUCGAACUCACCACAACCCUAGAACCUUUGUUGCCUUAUUGAUGAGCAAAUGUCUUACAUACAUUUGGGGGCGGCUGUAUAAAAGGCCCCAAAGUUCAUAGAAUAGUUUACUGGUGUUUAUAAGUUUAUAUAAGUUCAUUUAAUAUUCAGUCUUCUGUCAGUUUGGGCCAGCCCACCUUCUAGUGACAUCAUCCGGUUAGUAAGGUGGGCAGUUUAAUGUCGGAUGAGCAGUGUUGGUCUGGAGGGGUUGCACUAAUUCCUGGGGAAUGUUAUGUGUGCGUAAAUGACAAGAAACCACACAUACACACCUAUGUACACCUGCUGUGUUUACAGCCCCAGGAAUUGAGUGGCGACAAUAAAGUGCCGCAAACUGAACCUCAAGCUCCCUUCUUCUUUCCCGCUCUGGGACAAUUUGGCCUCAAGUGGUUUUCUGGCCGACACACCGGGGUGACCGUAGUGCUCCAAGGUUGAAUCAGUGCCACAGCCGUGCCGAUCUUUGAUAUCUCCACUAUACUACAGUAACACUGGAAGGCCAUCAGCGCCCCCUGGUGCUGCCUUUGUUUAUCACAGUGAGAAAUGAAGCUUCCAGGCUGACGUGUGACUGAACACGUGCACCUCGGGUACGGUGUACAUUUUAGGACAUCGUCAGGUCUCAGGAAAAAAGUUGUCAGGUCUCAGACUCACACGAAAAAUUGUCAGGUCUCAGAACACGAGCUAUCAGACAGAGAGAAAAUCUUCCUGCAGGUGGCGCUGUUGUCACGUCCCACCAAUGACUGUAGUGACAGCUGCAGUCACGGAGAAACUUGCGUAUCUCUGUUCGGGAAUAGCAGAUAGAGCGUAGGCUCUGAGAGGAGGGCCAGCGUUUACGCUACGAAAA